AUUGAGCUUGCGCGUAGAGGCGGGGACCGCCAGCCAAACUCCAGCAGUGACCUCAGAGAGUGACCUUUGGCUGCGUAAUAGAAAUGGACGAAAACAGAGUGAAAGAGUUUAAGGAUAAUGGCUACAUUGUGGUGGAGAAUGUACUUACUGAAACCGAAGCUGACGAAUUGAGAGCAGAAUGCCAUUCCUUAAUAGAAAAGAUGAACCCCAAAGAACACUUGUCUGCGGAAUUUGUGACCGGAGAAAAACAGACGACAGAUGAUUACUUCCUUACAAGUAAUGAUAAGAUCAGAUUUUUCUUUGAAAAAGGAACUAUUGGUGAAAAUGGUGAUUUACUGCGAGACAAACAUUUAUCAUUGAACAAAAUUGGACAUGCUUUACAUGCGUUAAAUCCAAAGUUUAAGGAAGUAACGCAUAAGCAAAUAGUACAGGACAUUGCUCGUGCCAUUGGUUUCCAGAAGCCAGUGAUAGCACAGGGCAUGUACAUAUUCAAGCAGCCUGGCAUUGGAGGCGAAGGUAGCAUGGUGGUGAUACACGGUGAAGUGAUUCAUAAAAGUGAGCUGAAUACGUCUGAUAAAUCCAGGCAUAUUUAUACUUUCCAUAUAUGUGAGUCCCACAAUACAACUUACAGUAAGAGAAACUGGUUACAGCCUUCUGAGAGUUUACCAUUCCCAGCAUUGUAUACUGAAGGCUAAAGACAAGAUUCAGAUUUCACUGCCACGACAAAGGAUAUGUUAUGAAAUGAAUGCAUCACUGCCAAGACAAGUGAUACUAGACAAGUUAUUCCAGCAAACGGAAUAGUUUUUAUUCAAAUGUUUACAUUAACCAGC